AUGAUUCUUUUAGUUAAAAUUAUAAACUUUUCUGUCUACUAUUUUUUAAUUCAAUUAUAUUUAUUUAAACAUUAUAUAUGCUCUGUCAAAAACAAGAACGAAUCACCAUUAGAUAAAAAUAUGAAUUUACCUAAUGGCCCAUUAGAUUUACCUUUGGACCGAAAGUUGAAUAUUGGUUUAAGAAAAUAUAAAUAUAAUUUAGAAAAUGAAGAAUUUGACAAUCAUUUGCAUAAUGAAAUGAAUGAAGAUGCAAUGAAACUAAAAGAUGCUAUAGAUAAAAAUAGUUUACCUAGAGAAGAAUAUGAAAAUUAUUCUACAGAGGAUGAAUUAGAUUAUAAUUUUCCUCCUUGGCUUGUAGAUAUGAUAAAACUAUCAAAUAACAGUAAAAAUACCUUAGAAUCAUUAGGUGUGGAAAAUCUACCAGAUGUGAAUUUAUGUAAACAAAUUAAACAUUUAAAGGAGCAAAUGAUAUGUAUAAUUGAAGCACUUGAAGAUAUAAAAGAAGUAUAUGAAAAUGCAAAUGACAUAACUUCCUUAACAGCAAGAACAUUAGCUGGAGGGAGAUUAGCCAUAAGAGCUUUAUCAAGACUAAAAACAUUGGCAUCUGCAGUUGAAAAUAGACAACUAAUGAAAACAUUAGGAACACCAAUGGCAACAUUAAUAUUGUUACAAAGAGAAACGACAUCAGAUAGAAAUAGAUGGUUAUCUGGAUCAAUUUUAACUUUACUAACUGAUCUUCCUGUAGUAUCAGAUCUAGCUGAUAUAAAAACAGGAUCUUAUGGCCAUAUAAAUGUUAUAAUGCCAAGGCAAUCUAGAGUUAGAAACGCAGAUAGGAAUAUUUUAAAAUUGAGAGAAGGAGCAUCUCCUUCCAGUCUAAUAAAUGGAUAUACAACAAUCCAAGAAGAAUAUACAAUAUAA